AUGGCUAUCAAUAACUCAUCAAGGACUCAAAUCCUUUAUAUCACCAUCAUUUCCUUCUUUUUUUUAGCACAAAAUGUAAACUCAGCUUCAUUCACAUUUUCUGAUUUUGGACCAUACACAACCAACAUUCAACUCGAAGGCGAUUCGUUCAUUUCAAACGGGUCCAUCUAUCUCACAGGUGCCGUCCCAACCAGCGCUGGUAGAGCCUCUUACGCUGGCCCCGUGCGUCUUUGGAACGCAGAUAACGGUAAACUUGCGGCCUUCACUUCCGUCUUCUAUUUCGUAGUUGCACCAAAUGGCCCAGGACUCUUUGGAGACGGAAUCACUUUUUUCAUUGCACCGUUCAAUUCCCACAUCCCUAAAAAUUCGAGUGGUGGGUUCCUUGGACUAGUCAACGCCGAAACUGCUUUGAAUUCCUACCAAAAUCAAAUUGUUGCGGUUGAAUUCGAUUCCUUCGGAGGGAAUCCUUGGGAUCCUGAGUUUUCUCAUAUCGGCAUUGAUGUAAACUCUAUUGCGUCAUUAACAACAGCGCCGUGGAAAACCGGAAGUGUUGCCAAUGGUUUCACUGCAUUUGCUAUUGUGAACUAUGAGCCUUUGACAAAGAAUUUAAGUGUGGUUGUAACAUACCCUGAAACAUAUGGUGGAACUUCAAGUAGUACAUCGUUUUUGAUUGAUUUAAGGAAUGUGUUACCUGAAUGGGUUAGAGUUGGAUUCUCUGGUUCCACCGGACAAUUAGUUGAAUUGCACAAGGUUCUUUCUUGGGGUUUUAAGUCAAGCUUCUAUUAA